AUCACCAUGUUGACCAGCAUCGCUGAUGGGCUUCUCUGCUGCCUGCUGGGCAAGGCACCAAACGCGGUGGGUCCUCUGGAGCCUGUCGAGUCACGCGAUGGCUUCAGCUUCGUGGAGGUGAAGCCUGGGCGGGUCCUGCGGGUGAAGCACGUCGCUCCGUCCCGUCCCCCUGGGAUGGAGGAGGUGCCCACGAAGACCGGUGCUGUGCACUGCAAGCGCCGGAUCGCCGUCUACCGCAACGGACAGAUGGUCAUCGAGAACCUGGGUGACGUUGUGCACCCCGACAUCCUUCAGUGCCAGAACAGCACCGAGCCUCAGAGCGCCGUGGAGGUGGAGGUCUCAGACGGGAACAUGGCUGCCACACCUGUGGCCAACCCCCCUGGCGGCACAGCUCUGAAGCGCCGGCGGCAAAAGCCCAAAAAGGUGGUCAAUGUCGACUGCACCAAGUUCAUCAGCAGCUGCAAGGGGACCCACAGCGACGUGGUCCUCUUCUUCAUCCAUGGGGUGGGCGGCUCUUCAGACAUCUGGAAGGAGCAGGUGGACUUCUUCACCAAGCUGGGCUACGAGGUGGUGGCCCCAGACCUUGCCGGCCACGGGGCCAGCUCGGCCCCCCAGAUUGCCGCUGCCUACACGUUCUAUGCCUUGGCGGAAGACAUGCGCAGCGUGUUCAAGCGUUACGCCAAGAGGAGGAACGUCCUGGUUGGGCAUUCGUAUGGGGUUUCCUUCUGCACCUUCCUGGCUCACGAGUACCCGGAUCUGGUCCACAAGGUCAUCAUGAUCAAUGGGGGUGGCCCCACGGCUCUGGAGCCCAGCCUUUGCUCCAUCUUCAACAUGCCCCCCUGCGUCCUGCGGUGUCUCUCGCCCUGCCUGGCCUGGAGCUUCCUCAAAGCCGGCUUCGCUCGCCAAGGCGCCAAGGAGAAGCAGCUGCUGAGGGAGGGGAACGCCUUCAACGUCUCCUCCUUCGUCCUGAGGGCCAUGAUGAGCGGCCAGUACUGGCCCGAGGGGGACGAGGUCUACCACGCCGAGCUGACGGCGCCGGUGCUCCUGGUGCACGGGAUGCACGACAAGUUUGUCCCCGUGGAGGAGGACCAGCGGAUGGCGGAGAUCCUGCUGCUCGCCUUCCUGAAGCUGAUCGACGAGGGCAGCCACAUGGCGAUGCUGGAGUGUCCGGAGACGGUCAACACCCUCCUGCAUGAGUUCCUGCUCUGGGAGCCGGAGCCCGCUCCCCCAGAAGAGGGGCCCCUGUCUGGAAAGGAGUAACUGGCAAAGGCA